GGCCACCUAUCGAUUCUCUCGGCGCUCGUUGGGUAACCGCAGCGCAGGCGCAGUAGCUGCCGGUGCUGCCAUUGCUGUCCUGUCAGUGCGAGGGUGGGAGAAGCCGGUAGAGGCGGCAGCUGAGUUGCAGUUUGUAAAGAUGGAGUUUCAAGCAGUGGUGAUGGCGGCUGGUGGGGGAUCCCGAAUGAUGGACCUAACUUCCAGCAUCCCGAAGCCCCUCCUGCCAGUAGGCAACAAACCUUUAAUCUGGUACCCAUUAAAUUUGUUAGAGCGAAUCGGAUUUGAAGAGGUCAUUGUGGUUACAACCAAAGAAGUCCAGAAGCUGCUAAACCUAGACACAAAGAUGAAAUUAGAUAUAGUGUGUAUCCCCGAUGAUGCAGACAUGGGUACUGCAGACUCACUAAGGCAUAUUCAUCAGAAAAUUAAGACUGAUGUCUUGGUACUGAGCUGUGAUCUGAUCACAGAUGUUGCUUUACAUGAGGUUGUGGAUCUGUUUCGAGCCCAUGAUGCCACACUCUCCAUGUUGAUGAAAAAAGUUCAUGAACCCACAGAAAUGGUACCGGGACAGAAAGGGAAAAAAAAGCCAGUGGAGCAGCGUGACUUCAUUGGAGUGGAUGACACAGGAAAGCGGUUGCUCUUCAUGGCUAAUGAAGCUGACUUGGAUGAAGAACUUGUCAUUAAGAGAUCCCUCCUUCAGAAGCAUCCUCGAAUGCACAUCAGGACAGGGCUGGCGGAUGCCCAUCUAUACUGCCUGAAGAAGUACGUGGUGGACUUCCUUGCAGAAAACAGGUCAUUAACAUCUAUCCGAAGUGAACUGAUUCCGUAUCUAGUUAGGAAACAGUUCUCCUCUCCUGCAUCAUUACGACAAGGACAGGACAACAAAGAGCAGGAUCAAAAGAAGGAUCAAAAGUCAUUAGACAUCUACAGUUACAUGAAGGGUGAUAGCUUGCUGGAAUUUGCUCCUGAUAAAUCAUGUUGGAAUGGUCACAGCGCAGAGCUGAAUGAAGCCUUCCACGGAGGAAAAGUGCGUUGCUACGUCCAUAUCAUGAAAGAGGGGCUCUGCUACCGAGUGAACACUCUUGGGUUAUACAUUGAAGCAAACAGACAGGUUCCUAAGCUGUUACCUGCUCUUGUGUGUCCAGAAGAACCAUUGGUUCACAUGUCCGCUCAAGUCACCGACAGAGGCCUGGUUGGAUCUGACAGCAUCAUUGGUUCAUCCACGCAGGUUGGAGAGAAGACAUCCAUUAAACACUCCAUCAUCGGCUCCACCUGCACCAUAAAAGACAGAGUUAAAAUAACUAACUGCAUCAUCAUGAACUCUGUCACAAUUGAGGAAGGGUGCAGCCUCCAGAGCUGCCUCAUCUGUCAUAACGCCGUGAUAGAGAAAGGAGCUGACCUCCGGGACUGUUUGAUUGGAAGCAGUCAGCGUCUGGAACCCAAAUCCAAACACGUUAACGAAGUCAUUGUGGGCAGCGAACAGCUGAUGGAAAUCUAACAUACCGGUUGUAAAGAUGCCUUUAAGGAAGCCAGAGCCCGCACCAUCGGAAGACCCUUCGUCUGGAGCAGGCCUGGCAGAGCUUACCCUGUCAUCGCUCCUUUCCCGUGCAACUUGGUAUUUGUCUUAAUAAAGAAGCAUUUCCCGA